AUGAAACAAGCACGCGCGCUUAAAGCCCGAUUCAAGUUGACAGUGAUUCACUGCAUAGACACAAGGCACAGCGGGAGGACCAUGGACAACGACGCGCGACGUGCAGAAGCUACUGCGUACACUGCCAACCUAGACUUCACGCUGAAGGAGCUGCAGCGCAAGGUCCAAGAACACGAAGACGAGCUGCAACGCCUGAAGGCAAAUGACACAGCUAUUGCGCAAACGCCAGCUGGACAGGCCAAGGUUGUAAAGAAGGCCCUCGAGGAGGUCACAAACGCAGAGCCCUUCCUACCACAUGCCAGUUCUACGCUGCCGGCCCUGCUGGCUCUCAGAAGGACGCACCAAACGAUCAUCGAGUCAAGGGCCUACUUGGAAUCGCAAAAAUCCGUCCUGAGCCGCGAGAAACGGCAGCUGGAAACUGGCCAGGCCGACCUGAGAGACCAAACACUCCUCAGCGAGGCAUUGGAUGCCCGCAUUGUCGAGUUGAAGGCCGAGGUGUCGUCUAGCGCACGGGCACCACCUGGAGACGGGGCUCGCAAGAAGAAGGAAGAGCUACAGAAGAAGAAUGCCCACUACGACGCCGACAGCAAGCGACUGUUCAGAGCCUUGGACAAGUUCAUUGACGAGCAUCUGGCCGUCAUGCUCGCAGCAGAGGAGCUGGGUGGACCUGUCGUGGGCGACCUCAUGGACAUUGACGGAGCAGACCUUGCCUCUGGCUUCAACGCGCAGGGCAAACUGAACCGACCCAAGGAGGGCAGCGUCAGCCACGAGAACAUGGAGGACAAGCGCCAGCGACGACUCGACGAGAUCUGGGGCCCUGCAGAGAGUGGUGCGGCGCGGAGAGACGAGGAUGAGGUCGCGGCGGCGGGCCGAGAGAUGAAGGAGCUGAUCCAGGCCCUGAUGGGUCAGCUGCAGGAUGCCGGCGGGGAUUCUUCCUCCUCAUACGUGGUGCUGUCGAGGGAAUCCGCCGCCGCGAGGUUUCUCGUGAGGAGCAAGGUGGCCCAAUUCCAUGCGAAAGAUGCGUCGCGACUACGGUUGAUUGACUUUGGGAGGGAGUUUGAUUGAUCUGGAGGCGCCCUGGGGUCAACGCUGGAGGAGCUCAUCACGAAGCAUGCACCUCGACAACGAAGCGGCGAGCAGUCCCUUUGAAACAUGCCUGAUCAUGGAGAAGUAUUGCAUAAUGAAAUCAAGACUCAUAACCAAUUGCUAUUAUUAGUCUGGGAAUUGCCCCGUUGAUGUUCAGCCAAGAAGCUCUUCAAACCCCUGCCCUCCAUUGGCCAAUGCGCGCCCACGACGCGUCUCAGCUGGCCCCGCGUCGCGUCACCGCC